AGGCUAUGGCCGUGAAACCGAGCAGCCGGAAAAGGACCCACUGCGUGACGCCCUCCCGCACUGCAUCCAAGAUGGCUCGGCUCGGGUCAGGCAGGGGCGCCCUCUCGCCCAUCAGGCGCGGGGGCACACCAGCCGGCAGAAACACCCUGGCGGCGAAUGGGAACAUACCGGUCCGAGGCGCGAAAAAUAUCCGGCGGUGCUCGUCUAAGGCCCAGAAGGAAGUUCCCUAUAGCCGACAGCAUUGCAAGGGAAAAUUGGUCGAGAAGGCAUCUAUUGCAUCCACCACCGCAGCCGGACCUGUGGGUGAGGUAACCACCAUUGAGAGCUUCACGCAAUUCCUCGCCCAAGUACGCAGGACGCAGCUGACCAGCAGUAUACUCGCCAAAGCGCCGAGACCGUUCCAGCCAGAUGAUGGAUUUCAAGCCAUGGAUUCACAUUUAGACUGGACACAAGUGCCUCCUCCGUGAACGACGCUAUUUGUGUGUGCGUGCGCGUGCGUGUGUAAAAAUCUUUUUUAGUAAGUUCCCCCUGGUAAGUACGCAUGGACAUGUCAUCGACAUUGAUGCUUAAAGUGAAAACAAAAUGAUGUCUUCUGUAAUCAUGCAACUGACAUAUUUGUGUCAACGGUGUAGUGUUGGGCUUCAGAUUUAGAUACCGUUUAAAACACUGCUAGAAAC